AUGGACAUCAACAAGCCCAUUGAACUCCUUCACGAUAUCCAGAGGGAACUCUGGGUUGAACGAGUUAACCGAGCUCGCGUCACAGGCCUUGUAACUAGCUGGAUAUCAUCCUUACACCCCCAAAAGCUGGAAUGUAGCCUCGACGGCAACUUCCUCAACGGCUCGUACAAUCUGUGCCAAAAGCUGUGCUUUUGUGAUGGCACCAUCUGGCUUCUCCGCAUGCCCAUUGUUGGCAGCGUCUGCGACGAGCACGCCGACGAGAAGAUCGCAGUCGAGGUGGAGGUCUUGAGCCUUCUCCGUGCUAGGAACGUACCCGUCCCGAACAUCUUUGCCUGGGGGCUGAGCGCCGACAACCCGCUCGGCCUGGGUCCUUACAUUGUGAUGGAAUUUAUCGAAGGGGUCAGUGUCAAUACGCUGCUCCGGCAGCAGCACAAUACCAGAUUACUUCGGGACGACAUCUGCGAAGAAGAUGUCAAGUUUCUCUACCGACAAUUCGCCCGCAUCCUGCUCCAGAUUUUCCAGAUCGACUUUCCCGUCCUCGGCAGCCUCCCAACGCCCAUUACCGGCUUUAAGGCUCCUGUCCGGCCCUUGACUUUCAAGGUGCACGAUAUCCUGCAAACCGGAGGGGUCGACACUUUUGGCGACCGAAACCUGGGCUUCUCUGGCACUGCCGACUAUUUCUGCUACCUGGCUGGCCAAGACUGGGAACAAUUCCAGCGCCAGCCUAAUUCUGCCGGUGGUCCCACCGUCACCCAAGCCAAAUAUGCUGCCCUUCGCGCCCUUCAGGCCGUUGCCCCGCAGCUUGUCGAACCCAGCUACGCAUUCGGACCUCACAAGCUCAUUUGUGACGAUCUUGGCCUUGCCAACUUGAUCGUCCGGAGCGCAGAGGAUCUCACUGUGGUGGGGUUGGUGGACCUCGAAUGGUCCUAUGUCGGCCCAGCGCAGCUCUUUGGUUCCGCCCCGUGGUGGCUAUUACAAGACCGACUGAACAACUAUGAUACUUUCCUCGACGAGGAAGAGGUUCCCAAGAUCUUACAACGGUAUCUCCGGAGCCUGGACAUAUUCAAAACCGUACUUGAGGAAGAGGAGGCGCGGACUCCCGGGCAGCCGGGUAUGGAGCUGUCUCGCCUGGUGAGGCAUUCCAAUGAAUCGGGGAGCAUGUGGCUGCACAUGCUACUGUCAUGGGGGUUCAACCACCCAGACAGCCUACCCUUUGCACAGCUUCGGGCGCACCUCGGGCAGGAGCGGUGGAAGGAGCUGGAGGAGGGCCAUCACGGCAACGAGGCAAAGAAGUUUACAGAACGGAAGCUGGCCGAACUGGACAAGUACGACGAGAUGGUGGAGAAGAUGGAAUGUUUGAGAGAAGACGUCGAGAACGGGAGGAUGACGAGGGAGGCAUUCGUUGCACUACUUACCAAUGGGGCAAUCAAAUGA